AGAAAGAGGCAGAGUGGGGCCAAUGAAUUUCCGAGGAUGUUCGACAGCGCAACAGCAUAUCAGUCUGUGACGCGUCGUAUCAACGGAAUGGAGAUGAUGCCGUCAUUAUUCUAAUAUUUUAAUUUCAACAAGCUAAUCAUCAGCCAGCGCUAAUGAGCAUCGAAACGUUUUAGGACCACAAUAUCUAUUCCUUUCGGUAAAAACGAACUGCGAAUACUACAUACAUGUAUAAAAUAAAGUUUCUCACUUUCUUGUGUUAUGGUAACUUAUAAUACGCAGUGCGACUUGCAACAGUGACGUAAAUUGCGCGUGACGUGGUAUCAUUCGCGUAUCGACAGGAAAAUCCACGGCGUUAUUAUAUAUAUAUUAACAUAAUUAGCGAGGACAUUGCGCGAUGAGAGGCUGUUGAGGGACGCGCUAUACCAGUUUUCGUGCUUCUUUUCUUCGUUUUGCUUUACAUAUUCUUACGACUUCUGCGAGACCGAGCAUUUCCAUCACCAAGACGCGUCGUCCUUCAGCAGUCGCAUGGCGUCAUCGUCCACAUUAAUAUCUCUCUGACAGUGUCGUAGGAUCAACGAAGAUAUAAAUACUACCGAUGGUAGUUCGAUCUAAGUGCACGUGAGUCCGGAUAAUAUUCUGUUCCUGCGAAACGGUGCAAAAACUCAGGGUUGAAUGAAGUUUACCUUUCUGCAUCUUCCACGACGAUGAUGUCUUAGAUGUCCUCAUAGAUUGAUGAUGGGCUUGGUGUUGACAAAGUGACCACCAUCAGCAGGAACGAUGAUUUGCCCGAGUGCAGGGGCAUGGUGACAUUGGUGCAACAGCAGCAGCAACAGACGUCCGACGAUAAUCAUCAAUAUCAGAAGGAACAGGAUCGCGCAAACGGUACUGUUGUAUCAGUCGAAAGUCAUCACGUAGUCGACAAGUUCCACGGCGAGGCUGCAGAGUCGGCGAGGGAAACCGCGGUAGUAGUUCCAAGGAAUGGCAGCGUUGGAGAUUCCUCUACGCAGUGCAGUGACGUAGAUGACGACGACGACGACGACGAUGAUGAGGAAGAGGAGACGGAGGUUGAACAGGGUGGUUGGAUGACGAAUCUGCCGAUAUCGUCGACCAUCGUUCAGCAGCAUCAAGCGGUCGCCACCGCGAAUGGCGACGUUGUCCUCCCGAAUGCUGAUCCGUCGAACUUCGGCGAUGUAUGCGUGAAGAACUCGACGAACGUGCAUCUAGGUAAUAAGACCUUCUACAAGGGUCCGGUUACCAUCAAGCAGUUCGUUUACACGAAUCCCACUUCGAUACAGGAGGUAGGCAAAUUCGAGGAUACUCGUGUCUCCGACGCCAACGUUUCGGACUUGUCGACGAACAAGGAUGACGGGGUCGCCGGCAAACCUAUUUUUUCACAAAAUACUGAAUUAAAUAAAGUGACGCAAUGGCUGUGGACGUGGAGAUGUGCGUUUUUAUCGUGCACUCUGGCCUUAAUAUUUCUAACUGCUAUAGUGAUCGCUAUUGUACAUUUCACUCGUCAUACGGAUACACCGCCUACGCCAGUUUUCCCGGAAAUUCCAGACUCAUCGCUCGAAGGUGUAACAGUACCUUCAGUACGUUUCGUCGAGAGAAACGAAUGGGGUGCGCAACCGCCCUCGGAACCUCUGACAAAAAUGAAGUUACCGGUACCAUACGUGAUUAUUAGCCAUACAGCCACGGACUUCUGCGACACGCAAUCGCAAUGUACAUUCCACGUGAGAUUUGCUCAGACUUUUCACAUCGAGUCUAGAAAAUGGUCGGACAUCGCUUAUAAUUUCCUCGUCGGAGGCGACGGCCUCGCAUAUGUCGGCAGAAGCUGGGAUUACGUCGGCGCUCAUUCCUUCGGUUUCAACAGCAAAAGCAUCGGCAUCUCCUUCAUCGGCACAUUCAACGCGGUCAUACCGCCAAAAGUGCAAUUGCAUGCUGCGCAAAAAAUUAUAGAACUCGGUGUCAAAGCUGGCAAAAUUGCGCCUGAUUAUAAAUUGUUAGGUCAUCGACAAGUUUCGAAAACUUUAAGUCCUGGAGAUGCUUUAUAUAGUAUAAUUAAGACAUGGCCACAUUGGUCACCUACUCCUUAACAUGAUAGCAUGAAAGUUAUUAUUGUUAAAGAAAAGAAAGAAACGUGAUUUUUUAAAAUAUACAAUUUUUUUUCUUUAAAUUACGUGUGACUGUCAUCUAUUCAUUUUUUACAAUUAUUCUGAUUAGUUUAGAAAAUAAUAAUUGACUCUGGAA